UGCGCCGAUGGAAAACGCUUGCCGGAAAGAGCAGGGCAGGCUCGAGCUUUCCGCUCCCCGGAGCCGGAGCGGCUUCGCCCCGCCCGCGUGGCGGCGCGGCUCCAUGUCGGGGCGUUGUGUGUUGUAGGAGACGGCAAAGCAGAGCAGAAGGGCGGAGAUAAAAAGAGAGGGGUGAAGAGACCUCGGGAGGACCACGGCCGCGGCUAUUUCGAGUACAUUGAGGAGAACAAGUACAGCAGAGCCAAGUCUCCUCAGCCGCCGGUGGAGGAAGAAGAUGAACACUUCGAUGACACAGUGGUUUGUCUUGAUACUUAUAAUUGUGAUCUGCAUUUUAAAAUAUCAAGAGAUCGUCUCAGUGCUUCUUCCCUUACUAUGGAGAGUUUUGCUUUUCUUUGGGCUGGAGGAAGGGCAUCUUAUGGUGUGUCAAAGGGCAAAGUCUGUUUUGAGAUGAAGGUUACAGAGAAGAUCCCAGUGAGGCAUUUAUAUACAAAAGAUAUUGACAUACAUGAAGUUCGUAUUGGCUGGUCACUAACCACAAGUGGAAUGUUGCUUGGUGAGGAAGAAUUUUCUUAUGGAUAUUCUCUAAAAGGAAUAAAAACCUGCAAUUGUGAGACUGAAGAUUAUGGAGAGAAGUUUGACGAAAAUGAUGUGAUUACAUGUUUUGCUAACUUUGAAAGUGAUGAAGUGGAACUCUCUUAUGCAAAGAAUGGACAAGAUCUUGGCAUUGCCUUUAAAAUCAGUAAGGAAGUUCUUGCUGGACGGCCACUAUUCCCACAUGUUCUCUGCCACAACUGUGCAGUUGAAUUUAAUUUUGGUCAGAAGGAAAAGCCAUAUUUUCCAAUACCUGAAGACUAUACUUUUAUCCAGAAUGUCCCCUUGGAGGAUCGAGUUAGAGGACCGAAGGGGCCUGAAGAGAAGAAAGAUUGUGAGGUGGUUAUGAUGAUUGGCUUGCCAGGAGCUGGAAAAACAACCUGGGUUACUAAACAUGCAGCAGAAAAUCCUGGUAAAUACAACAUUCUUGGAACAAAUACCAUAAUGGAUAAAAUGAUGGUGGCAGGUUUUAAGAAGCAAAUGGCAGAUACUGGAAAACUCAACACGCUGUUGCAGAGAGCUCCACAGUGUCUUGGAAAGUUUAUUGAGAUUGCUGCCCGUAAGAAGCGAAAUUUCAUUCUGGAUCAGACAAAUGUAUCUGCUGCUGCCCAGAGGAGAAAAAUGUGCCUCUUUGCAGGCUUCCAACGAAAAGCUGUCGUAGUUUGCCCAAAAGAUGAAGACUAUAAGCAGAGAACACAGAAGAAAGCAGAAGUGGAGGGGAAAGACCUACCAGAGCAUGCAGUCCUCAAAAUGAAAGGAAACUUUACGCUGCCAGAGGUAGCUGAGUGCUUUGAUGAAAUAACCUAUGUUGAACUUCAGAAGGAGGAAGCCCAGAAACUUUUGGAGCAGUAUAAGGAAGAAAGCAAAAAGGCUCUUCCACCAGAAAAGAAACAGAACACUGGCUCAAAGAAGAGCAAUAAAAAUAAGAGUGGCAAGAACCAGUUUAACAGAGGUGGUGGCCAUAGAGGACGUGGUGGAUUCAAUAUGCGUGGUGGAAAUUUCAGAGGAGGAGCUCCUGGGAAUCGCGGUGGAUAUAAUAGGAGGGGCAAUAUGCCACAGAGAGGUGGUGGCGGUGGUGGAAGUGGUGGAAUUGGCUAUCCAUACCCUCGUGGCCCUGUUUUUCCCAGCCGAGGUGGUUAUUCAAACAGAGGGAACUACAACAGAGGUGGAAUGCCCAACAGAGGGAACUACAACCAGAACUUUAGAGGACGAGGAAACAAUCGCGGCUACAAAAAUCAAUCUCAGGGCUACAACCAGUGGCAGCAGGGUCAAUUCUGGGGUCAGAAGCCAUGGAGUCAGCAUUAUCACCAAGGAUAUUAUUGAAUACCCAAAUAAAACGAACUGAUACAUAUUUCUCCAAAACCUUCACAAGAAGUCGACUGUUUUCUUUAGUAGGCUAACUUUUUAAACAUUCCACAAGAGGAAGUGCCUGCGGGUUCCUUUUUUAGAAGCUUUGUGGGUUGAUUUUUUUUCUUUUCUUUUUUGUACAUUUUUAAUUGCAGUUUUAAAGUGAAUCGUAAGAGAACCUCAGCAUUGUGCACGAUAAGAGAAUGUGUCAGUAUUUCAGGGUUCUACAUUUUAUCUGUAAAAUGUGACUUUUUUUUUUUAUCACAACAAAAGUAAAAUGUUGCUUUGUACCUGGUGUCUUUUAUUAAGAAUUUACUCCCCUCAUUUCUCACAGAGAUAACAGUCGGGAGUCAUUGUCACAAUAUAAUAGAAAUGUUAGCAACCAGAUUCAUGUAAGGACUAAGUGGUCCUCAUGAAUUGCAUAAGACUCUGUACUGCUCAUAUUACACUCCAUCCUCUCUGUAGUUUGUUGAAUAGUGGAGGGGGUGAGCUAAAUAGUAGUUUCUGACAAUAACUGGGAAGGCUUUUUCUUUUAAAUAACAAUGGAAUUGGCAUAAUUGGAACCGAAGAUAAAGCUUGGAACGAGAUAGAGAAGAUGGAGUGUAUGUAGAAGGGCUGUUAAAAAUGUAAAACUUGGUUGCAUUAUUUGUGGAGGCUCAAACUUGUGAAGGUUAAAUACCAUAAUUUUUCCAUUUGUUCUGCAUUUUGAUUCUGAAAAGAAAGCUGGCUUUGCCCAUUUCUUAUUAAAAAACUUGUUGUAAAUCCA